AUGUGCACUUCCUGUCGAUGGACAACGCGCGAUGCGAACAUACCAGACCAGAAUACCCCGUCAGGCGGAUGGCCUGAAAUUCAACCUCCAAAUUUAGAUCUACUUAACUUGAUCCUCGAGAGGUUCCGGCAGCUGGCAGCGGUCGAAAAGAUGGAACGGGAAAGACGACGAAAAGCGUCGCAAGAGCUUGAGGCGAAAACGAAGAUGGUGCCGUCGGAAGAGGUUGAAUGUUUAGAUGACGCGGUCUUCACUGAGCCUUUGCAUUUGGAUGAAGGUAGCAGUACGUGA